UCCGCCGCCCGCCCCCGGCCCCGCCGCCCGCCCAGCGCCGGCGGCCCCGGGAGAUGGUGACACAUGAAGCGCGCGGGGAGGACCAUGGUUGAGAGGACCAGCAAGUUCCUGCUGAUCGUGGCCGCAUCCGUGUGCUUCAUGCUCAUCCUGUACCAGUACGUGGGGCCGGGGCUGAGCUUGGGCGCGCCCAGCGGCCGCCCCUACUCCGAGGAGCCGGACCUGUUCCCCACGCCGGACCCGCACUACGUGAAGAAGUACUACUUCCCGGUGCGCGAGCUGGAGCGGGAGCUCGCCUUCGACAUGAAGGGCGAGGACGUGAUCGUGUUUCUGCACAUCCAGAAGACGGGCGGCACCACCUUCGGCCGCCACCUGGUGCAGAACGUGCGCCUGGAGGUGCCCUGCGACUGCCGGCCCGGCCAGAAGAAGUGCACCUGCUACCGCCCCAACCGCCGCGAGACCUGGCUCUUCUCCCGCUUCUCCACCGGCUGGAGCUGCGGGCUGCACGCCGACUGGACCGAGCUCACCAACUGCGUGCCCGGUGUGCUGGGCCGCCGCGAGAGCGCGCCCAACCGGACGCCCAGAAAAUUCUACUACAUCACCCUGCUGAGAGACCCCGUAUCUCGUUACCUCAGCGAAUGGCGGCACGUCCAGCGAGGAGCCACCUGGAAGACCUCCUUGCACAUGUGUGAUGGCAGGACACCAACUCCCGAAGAGCUGCCAUCGUGCUAUGAGGGCACGGACUGGUCAGGCUGCACGCUGCAGGAGUUCAUGGAUUGCCCCUAUAACUUGGCCAACAACCGCCAGGUGAGGAUGUUGGCUGACUUGAGCCUGGUGGGCUGCUACAACAUGUCUUUCAUCCCAGAGAACAAGCGAGCACAGAUCCUGCUGGAGAGUGCAAAAAAGAACCUCAAAGACAUGGCCUUCUUCGGCCUGACGGAGUUCCAGAGAAAGACUCAGUACCUGUUUGAGAGAACUUUUAACCUGAAAUUCAUCCGGCCCUUUAUGCAGUACAACAGCACCAGGGCAGGAGGGGUGGAGGUAGACAAUGACACCAUCCGCAGGAUCGAGGAGCUCAAUGACCUGGACAUGCAGCUCUAUGACUAUGCAAAGGACCUCUUCCAGCAGCGCUACCAGUACAAAAGGCAGCUAGAGAGGAUGGAGCAGAGGAUAAAGAAUCGGGAAGAGAGGCUUCUUCACCGGUCCAAUGAAGCACUUCCCAAGGAAGAGACGGAAGAGCAAGGACGCUUGCCCACUGAGGACUACAUGAGCCAUAUUAUAGAGAAGUGGUAGCCUAGGCAGACUUUUAUAUGAAUGAAUGAUAUUCUAGGGUUUCCAUUUAAAAGAUCAUGGAAGUAAAACUGCAAAAACAACGGAAAAAUAUUUUAUUUAAAAGCAAGUCUGUAAAACAGAAGGUAGAUUGCUUCCUUAAGCAUAGGGUCUUUUUACUGUUUCUUACAAGGCCGAUGAGAUUCUUAAAAAAAAUAAAUAAAUACAUAAAAAUAAAAAAAGGGUCAACAUUAUAAUGCAGAGGUAAAAAAUGCACAAAUGCAGUUACCCCCUCUUAAGGCCAAAUGCAAAAGAAUGUUUCUUAUCCUCAUAAUUCAAACACAAAUGGCAGAAGCAAGAUUUUUUAAAUCUGUUUUUCCCUGAGCGUAAUGAUAUCAGAAUACAUAAUUAAACAAACAAGGAAACAGAGGUGUUCUUUUGUGGAUGUUUUCAGAGGCGGGAUGAGAAUUGCAUUGCUUGUAAGUAAGUGAUAACAGUGACUCAGCUGAAGAUGCGCUGUGCUGUCAGGCUGUGAUCUGAGCACAAGGGCAGUUGCUUCGUUUCAGCUGGCAGCCCCUGCUAGAAAGUAGAGCACCGUGAGUAUAAAAGAAGAAGCAAAGCAUCAGAGGAUAAGAAACAUGAAAACAAAUUGACUGUGGCCUAAGAUAUGUACGUAGCACAGUGGUUUUGAUACACUGCACUUGUAUCACACUUCACAACUUCAUAGGGAACUCAUGCUCAGAGCUCCCAGUUCUGUUUCACAGGCAGGUCCCAAGCCAAUAUAAAAGCUGACCAAAUUCUACAUAGGCUCAAAGAUGCAGCCCCAUGUCAUAGUGUCACCCUACACAAUUGCCACUCAUUCCUUCAUCAGUAUAAUGUGUUAACAGCACAUGAAAACCCCAUCCUGCAUACUGAGACAGGGAGAACAAGUGGAAUAGUAAUACUCCCUCGUAAAUCUGCAGGACGAGUUCCUGUAAGAUCCCACAAAUAAUCAGUUAUGGCAAUAGGACGAGGGGAUGAUUUUGUUUUGUUCAUUGCUAUGUGAAAUACUUAACCACAACAAGCGUACAGAUGUACCCGUAUCUGUAUUUUUAAAGUUAUUUUUACUUGCUUUUGUCAAGAGAUAAUGGGCAUCAUCCUGCUUCCAGCAAAGUUGCUAGAACUGAUUUAAGUGGGAACAGGAUGGGGCUCUCUUCCAGAGCUGUAAAAAUUUCUGACUGUGGGUCUGAAUUAAUGAUGAGAUGGUGCACAUUGUCUUUUGGCAGAGUGCCUGCUCUGCAGCUCUCACUUUAAAUGAACAAGCUGUGUUCAAAAAACUGGAAAGGGGAAUCAUGGAUAAUGUUUUUUUAGUCUCAGACCACUUUCAAAGCAGAACUCCUCUCUCUUUUAAUGCUGGUUUUUAGGGACUCAUGUAAGUUUAAUCCUCCAAUGUGGUGACAGUCCAGCCAGGUUCAGCUUACUGAGUUUUCAGUCAGAGAACAACAAUGGCCUCCCUAAUUCCUCUUCCCACUCGACAAAUUGAAGUAUGGCUUAUUUUCUUGCUGUUGCAGGCACUUCUUUAUGUGGCUGGAAGCAUGGAGAUGAUGCCAUUUCUGCCCUCUUCAUGUCUCAUCCCGUUACUACUCAGCUGGUAAGACCUGAACCAGCUACUGUCUGGGGUAAAAUAUGAAUCAGAUGGAAUAUGAUUUGAUUUUCAAAGGCUGUGGUAACUGCAGAUCAAUUAUGGCAUUAAAAUCACAGAAGGAGAGGCAGAGGCCUGAUACAUCCAGUAUGUCAUUUUUGCAGCAUCUCUCCCAUCACACAAAUCCACAGAACUGCUGCUCGUUUUGUACUUCAGUUCUCUCUCUGCCCUGCACACAGAGUGCCCUGUUUCCAGCUAUUUCAAUUUCACUCUCAGUUUUGCAAAGGAGGUGUACACCUUGCUGGUGGAGAUGUUCUUCUCCAGAAGAGGGAGGAUGACUAACAACUUGGGAAGAGAACCUACAAGCAGCACGUUGGGGUCGGAUAGCCCUGUUACAGACCUAGUCCAAAGUCUGCUGACAUCAAAGGAUGUCUUGCCUGUCGAUUUCAGAUGGAUGCUGGUCAGGUCUGUAUCCUGGUGCUGCGGAGUGCUCACAUGCUCAUCUUAACGCGCUGUUACCAUGCACUUGGCUGGUACCCUGCUUGCUGGUGGUAUCACCAUCUUUAAGGUUUUUUCACGAAAUGAUCCCUCUUUCCAGAGAUGUGUAUACUUGGUCAUUAGCAUCUGCUCCUAGCUGAAAUGUGAGAAGCAAAAUAAAGCAGUGUUCUGUUGUUGGCUUGGGGGCAGAAGGUAUUACAAAUCCAUUUGCUCAUCUCUGACUUCCAAGACUGGGAGGAGCUAUGUUUGUUAGUUCCCGGCACUUUUAUGUGUUGCUGUAACUAAAGAAAACAUUUCUAUUUAAAAAAUGCCAUUUUACAGGCUGUUUACCCACAAAACCAAUAUGGUAGAUAUAAAAAGCAACCAUUUCAUAUGCACAGUUUGCAGCUCUGCCCAGAGGCAUUUCGCUCUGAUCUGCCCUGUGUUAGGGCUCCAUCAUGCACAAAUGAGUACUGCAGCAAAGCCACAUAGCCCCAGCACAGGGAGCACUCCGAUCGUUCUGCACUGACAGCCAAAUUCUGCUCCCAUCUGCCAAGGGUGAUGGUCAACAGGACCCCUGAUGAUCAGGACUGGUACCAUAACUGGGCUCGUUUUGCCUGAGUUGUUCCUGUGUUAUGGGCUCUGAGUAACCAGCUGGAUUUUAAUGGGUCUGUCUGCAGUGUUUUGUAAAUCAGAGGCAGCCUCUGACCCCGGGAGCAUGUUGGUAAAGCUUGUUCCAGUGUUUGCUUUGUAAUAUAUUACAGUAACAAGCAAAAGGAAUGAAACUACAGAGUCUCAUUAACAGUUUCACUUCAACCCACAAAAGGAGGGCUGACCUCAGCACUGAGGCAGGAGUUGCUGGUUCCAAUCCUGUGCCUGGCAAUUCCUCCACUUCUCCACCUGUACAUUGGGAUUAGCUCAUUUCCCCUUUGCAAAGAGGCAUACCAAAGUAGCAGACGUAUAGGAUGCUGCAAAACAGUUCUUGAGUCUGAGUAUCAGAAAUGGAGAGAAUGACACGAAAGCCACCCCCCGCCCCAGCUGCCAUGCCAGUCUGUUCAAGGCUGUCUGCCACACUUGGAUUUAUUUAAGUGUUGUGUGCCAGAGCAUAGGCUUCAGGGUGCACCUGGCACUAUUUUCUUCCUUCUAUGGGUUUAAGGGAAUUCUUUUAACAUGAUGUGAAUGUAGGUUUUUUGUGAUUUUUAUGUACUACAGUUCGAAGUGGUACAAUUUCUUUUAUUUUUAGGGCUGAUGAUUUGAUGCUACAAUAACAUGAAAACAGUGUGUGUAGUUUUAAAGUGAUUGGAGAACAAUGGCUUUAAGUCACCCUGACAGAAGUAGUGGCCAGGUAGUAUGUCCUCAUUCAGUGUGUGCCCCUUCCUCCCAAAAUGUUUUUCCUGUGACCCAGACACAAUGACACCUUCUGCACUACGCAAAGUGUUUCCCUCUUGGGCCAGUCCGUGCCCUGUGACCUGCCUCCUGCAGGAGUCGGCAGGUUGGUUCCCCUCGAGUUCAGAUUUCUCCUGGUCCUGAGACACUUGGAUACACGUCCGUCCCCAUGGCACAUGUUCCAGGAACACCCCACGCAAAGCAUUUACAGGAGCUGGGGCUGCACGAGGGCUCUCUGAGGGCUUGUACAGCCAGCAGUGUUUGUAUGAGUGAGCAUUUUAUACAGUUCCAGGUUCCUGGUGCCUGGUUCCAGACAGAGAUGGUGGGUCUCGGGUCUGCUGCCUUACGCUGCCUUGCAUGUCUGCAGUCAAGAGUGAGGAUGCAGGGGUUUGCAAGCAGACUCCAUUCCUGCUUUGGGAAAGUGGAAAGCGCAACACGUGCUGCAGCACUAAGAAGGAAAAAGUCUUUUUUGCUUUUAGACACCUGAACGAUGCAAGCUUCACUGCUUGCUGGGCAUUGUUGCAGAGGAAACCUUGUGUUGCUCAUUUGUCACAGCCCAGCUAGUUGUACUGAAGGAGCUGGCCUCCUACCCAUGUUUCCCAGCUAGAUGCCUCCCUGCACCGCCCCAAGUCACACAUGCAGGACUGACGCAGGUUGCACAGGCUGGAGACCCAGGCCGACAUGGGGCUCAGAGUCACUGAGGUGAAAACUUCUUGGCGCAGGAUCUGUGCAAACUUCUGCCUUGCUUGAGUUUCUCCCUUCAUCUCCAGCAUCUUUGAGUAAAUGGAGAGCACUCUAGGUGGGUGGUUCUGCACCCCGCAGUCCCUUCCAUGCCUACAAAAUGGGGAAGGCAAUGGAAGCAGCAGAAGGAAGGCCCCAGCUGCAUUGUCCCCCUCUCCAGGGCUGCCCUGUAGGAGCAGAAGGUCAGUGCAGGGCUGAGGCAGGAGCGAGGCAAAGGGACCACCGUGGUGGCAGCAUGGACACUAGGCUGGGGAGUGGAUGUGCCACCAAGCUCAUGGAACCGCUGCGCAGAGCCCACUGCAGGCAGUGACAGCAGAGGGCAGAGCAGAGCAGGACCUGACUAACAUUUAUAUCCCAGGGCUACAAGCUUCCCUAGCUUCUUAUUCAUAUUUUGAGCUACUCAGACCUCCUCCUAGCCCAUGGAAUUUUUGAAUAUCACAAAAAUAGUGCUACGCUAAUUUGCAAGGCAGACUAUGUGAAACAUUGUAUUUGGAAAGCCGUAGCUUGGAAUGCAACACAAUAUCUGCAGGACUCAAAUCUCAGGGCUGGUUGGUGCAUUACCACCCUCUUGUCUCUGCUGACAGUAGCAGAUCACGUUCCAGUGGCAGAAGUGAGCACAGGAUUUGGUGUCACGUGGACCAGGCCAUCCCAGCAGCAGGUGGUGAGCGGCAGCGCAGCGUGCAGCAGCGGGGUUUGUGUCUGCAUGGGCCAAGCUGCCUGCAGCUGCUUGUGUUCUCUGUCCACUGUUCUGCCAAGAUGAACGCAGUCCCAAUAAGCACAUGGGUAUAAGGCCUGUGUUGUCCCAGCUGCAGGUAAUGGUUUUCUCUAGUUUUGAGGCACGUAAGCUGAAAAACAAGCACGAUUUGCAAAUGAGUCUGUGUCAUCCCUCCAAGCCCCACAGCUCCUCCUCCCCAUUUUCCCCCCUUCAUCUGUUCUGCAGACUGGAUUGAGAGAGUUGUACAAUAAUGAAUAAUUUUAUACUCACACGGUUUAGUGAGCAUGAUUUGUUUUGUACAUACUAAAAUAUGAUUUAACUUACUGCCCCUUUCCAUCUUUUUUUCUUAAGGAAAAGACAGAAACCCCCACACUCUCUCAGUAUGAAGCCCCUCUGCAUUUGCACGUAGUCCACCAGGCAAACCUGCAACAGCCAUCAGACUUUCCACUAGUCCCUUCUGGUGUCUGAUUUUUCAUACUUGUGGUUUUGUCAGAGGCUUUCUGUGCAUCAUCUCUUCUUUCCUCUGUGCUUUGUGAUCUGCACAGGGAAGGGAAGGGCAAUGCGGGCACUCUUUAUUUUCCCCCUUUUCCUCUGUCUUGUGUGCAUUAUCUACCAAGGAACUCAGUUUUUAUCUUAUGGGAAUUGUGUGACUGAGGAUAAAAAACAUGUGAAAUAUGCCCCCUCCCACCUCCCUCCUCCAUCGGACGUAUUCAGCUUCUCUGCAGUGCUUGUGCUGGAGCCAUCCCAUCGUGCUGAAUGUGUAUGGUUUGCUCUUUGUUUUGGUGUUUUUUUAUCCUCAGUUGGGAACUUAAAAAAAUAAAAGACAACAGUUCUACUUGAGCCACAUAACACCUAAAGCUUUAUAUAUUUAUUUAAGGCAUCUUACAAAAAAAAAAAAAAAAGUGUUAAAAUUUUUUUUGUUUUUUCCCCUUCCACAAGGAAAAAAAAAAAAGAUUGGAUUUUAAAAAAAAAUAGUCAUCUGAUUGUUUUUUGUCUAGAUGAAGAAUGAAUGUUAGCAGACGAAAUAAACCCUAAAACUGAA